AUGGAGUGUGAUGGUACUGGUGGCGUCUUAGGCGAUAUUGGCACUGGCGGAGGAGGAAACAAGGGCCCUAACCAACGCAAACUUGAUGCAGAAACUAGACGUGAAGAAGCCAAGAAACAAAAUAAUGAAAUGGCUGAGCUGGCGAUGGAAAUGCCACCACAGGAUUACGGUGAUGGAAGUGAAAUUAUCAAGCAUUGGGUUCUCUUAUACCCUGGUUUACUUGGGAAAAUUUUGGAUCAAACAAGAGAUGAUUGUUGGGCUUUGGCUCUUUCAGGAAUAUUAGAAUUUAGCAUCAACAUGGAUCUUCCGACAAGUCAACAAAAAGAUUUAGACAUCGAGAAAUUCAUCAGAGAAGUAAAACUAACAGUUGCUGAUCUCAAUGCUAAAAAGAAGUUAAACCAAAACGAUUUGGCUGUUGGUUCGUUAAAGAAGGCAAUGAACUAUCUAUUUCGCACAGGAUUAGAAAAGAAGGAUGGGAGAAAGGGAUCUAAAGUGUAUGCUGUGAAGGGUGAGUUUUGUGAUAAAGACAAUGCCAGCCCUGAGUUUAUCGCUGAGAAGCUGAACAUUGGUCCUGUUGGCAUCAUCGUCGAUGUUGAUGCCAACUUUCUGGAUCACAAAGACGGAAUUCUAAUGCUACGAAAGUCAUCACGAGAUAUCGAAAUUGCUAGGCAUGCUCUUAUCAUAGUUGGCUACGGGAGGAUGAAAGAUGGAAAACUCUUCUUUAUUUUGAAAAACUCUUGGGGAAAGAAUUGGGGUGUUAAGGGCUACGGAAGAAUUAUUAUUGAAGAUGGUUGUGACAUCUUUUUUUUUUUUCCAUCUAAAGUUAUAUUGAAUUUGGGGAAGAAUACAAGGUGUUAA